AUGUGGAAUCGAUAUAUGAUUAGAAAUUUAAUACAAUGCGGUGGUGGCGGUGGUGGAGUGUUAACGGCUGCUGCUUUGGCAGGAUUUGCCAAUUAUGAUGACAAUUCUGGCGUGGUACGAUCAGUAAAACAAUCAGAUACGGGGAAGUGGCGUGUUGAAGGACCUUUCAAAGAUCCUACUGAUGGAGCACUAAUUGCUAAACGGAUUGUGAGUGAUUAUGAUCAUACUGAUCUGAAAUUAAGGCUUUAUCAGUACGAAGCUUGUCCGUUUUGUUGCAAAGUUCGUGCCUUCUUGAAUUUUUAUGGUUUUUCGUAUGAUGUGAUUGAAGUCAGUCCUCUGACUCGAAAAGAAAUCAAGAAGUUAGAUGGCGUUAGUAAGUUACCAACCGUAGUUGCGCAAAUGGAUCGGAAGUUGAGUGAUUCUUCGUUGAUAAUAUCAAUUUUGACAAGUUAUAUGACUCAGAAUGAUCGAAGUCUGGAUGACGUAAUUAAAUUUUACCCAGAACAAACGAACAUUGUAAAAGAAACAGGAAAACAGGUAGUUACGCAUCCCAAUAUGUACGAAAUUAUGACAUCUUUGAACAGCCUGUCGAAAAUGGAGCAGGAAAGUGCAAGGAAAGAAGAGGAAUGGCGUAAAUGGGUUGAUGAACAUUUCAUUCCUCUGAUAGUACCAAAUGUGUAUCGCUCAUGGAAUGAAUGCAUUGAAACAUUCCGUUGGUUUGGUAAAGCAGGUCAAUGGGACAAAGUGGUACCUGCUUGGGAACGAUAUGUCACUAUUUACCUUGGUUCAAUCGCUAUGUAUUUCUUAUCAAAAAAACUUCGGAAGAAGUAUGAUAGUGCUGAUGUCCGCCAGCUUCUAAUAAAUGCUUGUAAUCAGUGGAUGAGUGCUGUGGGAAAUUCGUCAUUUCUCGGUGGUCAACAACCCACUCUGGCUGAUUUGGCACUUUAUGGAGCAAUGAAUUCAUUUCUAGGAAGUGCAACGUUUACUGAACUUUGCAAUAAAACUCAAAUUAAAGCAUGGUUUGAACGAAUGCGUGAAGCGGUUGAUUCGAGGGCUGGAGCAGCGCUACUUCAGAAAAGUUGUUGCAAGAGAAUGCAAUCAUAA